GCUUCUUUUAAUAUUGUUAAUAUGGUGAAGAGAAAAUCUAGUGCCGAAACAGAGAAGAAUGCCACAGCAGUUAGUAUUACUGCACCAACUGAAGAAAAUUUUCCUCGUGGAGGUGCUAGUGCAUUAACACCCCUUGAACAUCGAGAAAUUUCAAAUAAAGUUGCUAAAGAUCUUUUUACGACUAGUGAUGCUUCAGAACCUGCUAAAAAGAAAAGAAAAGCUCAGUCUACUAAAAAAUCCAAAAAGGCAACCACAUCUGUAAAGGAAAAAAAGAAAUCAGAUAGUAUUUACAUUGAACAAUUAAAUUUCAAGAAACUUAUGGUUGGCACAUGUCUUAUGGGUUGUGUAUCUCGUAUCAAUGAACUUGACUUGAUUAUUUCAUUACCUCAUCAUCUUGUGGGGGUUGUACCUAUUACAGAAAUUUCAGAAUCACUUAGUACGAUUGUUGAAAAAGUUGCAGAUGAAGAUGACGAAGAUGAAAAUAUGGAUGAAACUACCGGUUUACCUAACUUGAAUGAUAUGUUCUAUAUUGGUCAAUGGGUUCGUUGCAAGAUCAUCAAUCUUCAAACAGAUGAUAAAAAAAUUAUUGAAUUAACCUUGAAACCUAAUCUUGUUCACGAAGAUCUUGCAAAAGUUGAUGUUACACCUGGCCUUACUUUAGGCGCUGCCAUCAAAAGCGUUGAAGAUCAUGGUUAUAUUUUAGAUUUGGGUGUAAAAGAAUUAACUGGCUUUUUGCCUCUUAAAGAAUCAAAGAGUUUUAUUGAAAAAUACAACCGCAAUCAAGAACUCAUUGUUGGACAAUAUGUUGAAUGUGCAGUUGAGAGUGUUAAAGGUCGUACGGCUAAUGUUACAAUUGAUCGCAGCAAGGUAGGCCGUGCUCUUGUCGCCGAUCCAUUCUCUCGUAUUAUCUCAAUCCUUCCUGGUCAAUUAGUUACAGGUGUUAUUGAUGCUGUUCAAAAUAAUGGUUUAAGUGUCAAAAUGCAAGGCCUUUAUCGUACAACAAUUGAUCAAUCACAUAUUCCCAUAUCUAUUGAAAUUGAAAAGAGCUUUAAAAUUGGUCAGACGAUUACUUUCCGUACCCUAUUUACUAUGCUUAAUAUUGAUGAUAAGAAAAUUGGUGGCACACUCUUACAACACGCAUUAGAAUUGGAUGUUCCCACACUCUCCAAUAAACAAAAAUCUGAAAAAUUCGUUGGCGAUAUUUUCCCUCCUGGCUCUUUCUUAGACAAUGUUAAAAUUGCUCGUUACAGCAAUAAGACUGGUGUUUGGGUUAGUUUGGAUGGCGUUGAAGGCGUAUCUGGCUUUGUCCAUAUUUCACGUCUUUCUGAUGAACAUAUUUCUACAUUUAAUGGCACAGCAGGCAAAUUCAAGGUUGGAAGCACACAUCGUGCCCGUGUCUUAUCCUAUAAUCCUAUUGAUGCACUUCUUGUCUUAACCUUACAGCCUAGUGUCUUAGCUGAAAAGUAUAUGCAUAUCGCCGAUAUAGAAGUUGGUUCAACAAUUGAAUGUGAAGUUGAAAAGAUUGUUCCUGCAGGUAUUAUUGUUAAGGUUUCAAAGUCAAUCAGCGGUCUUGUUCCCACAAUACAUAUGGCUGAUGUUAAGCUCACCCACCCUGAGCUUAAAUUCAAGGCUGGCAAAAAGAUUUCAUGCCGCGUCCUUCGCCUUGAUCUUAUGAAACAAAGGGUAUAUUUAACCCUAAAGAAAUCACUAAUUAAUAGCGAAUAUCCUAUCUUUACUGACCUUCGUAAUAUUAAAGAAGAUGAUGUAAGUCAUGGUGUAAUCGUGUCUAUUAAACACAACGGUUGUGUUGUUGCCUAUUACAACAAUAUUAGUGCAUUUGUACCUGGAAGUGAGAUGACAGAAACACAUGUUGAAAACUUUAAUGAUGUUUUCCAUAUUGGUCAAACAGUAAAAACAACUGUAAUGAGCGUUAAUCCAGAAGAAAAUCGUUUAUUAGUCUCUUUGAUUAACUCUAAGAAGAAAGCAGAAAAGAAGGCAGAAAAGAAGGCCCAAUUGGAAGCUAAGCACGAGGCUAAAGAUGACAUGCUUGCUCCUGGAAAGAUUGUUACCGCAACUAUCAAAGCUGUCAAGAAGUUGCAUUUGAACCUUAUGCUUCCAAAUAAUAUCGAAGGUCGUCUUCACGUCUCGGAAAUAUACAAUUCAUUUGAGGAUAUUAAGAAUCCUAAGGCUCCCUUGAGUCAAUUCAGAACCAAACAAGAAAUUCAAGUUAAGAUUUUGGGUAUUCGUAAUACAAGAGCUAAGACCUAUUUACCUCUCAGCCAUGCAGGUAAAACAAAGCAACAUAUCGAUUGCUCUCUUCGUCUCGAAGCUGAUGAUGAAGGUACUCGUGAGCUUCGCAAUUUGAAGGUAGGCAGCCAUUUUAUUGGUUUCCUUUCCGAUAUCCAUUCAGGUUUUGCACUUGUUCAUAUUGGUAGUCAUACCUCGGGUAUACUUCGCAAGCAUAUGGUGUCUUCUGAUCCCAAUAUCUGCAACAAUCUUGAUAAACACCUUGUCAGUGGCCAAGCCAUUCGUGUUACUGUAGUUGCUGUUGAUGAAAAUAAGGAAACUAUUGAAUUUAUGAAUGCCCAAGAUGAAACUGCUCCUAUUAUAACCUCUUUUGCUGAUUUAGAAAAGGGACAAGUGUUGAAUGCAACCAUCAAGCAGAUAAAUAAAAAUACUGGAGUUACUCUUAAUAUCACCCACAAGAUUACCGCUAAGGCUUAUUUAACCGACAUUGUUGAUGUUUUAACCGAAGACCCAACAGCCUCUCUUAAAGAAGGACAAGUAGUUCGUGUUGUAGUCACUAAUGUCAACAGUGAAAAACGACAAGUAGAUGUCUCUAUGAGACCUUCUCGUAUCUAUCCUGAUAUUGAUUCUAAUGAAAUCAAGUGUUUUGAAGAUGUAAAGCGUGGUCAAGUUUAUGAGGGUUAUGUCUUUAAUGUUUCUUCAGUUGGCGUCUUUGUUAAGUUGAGUCAAUCUGUUACAGUUCGUGUUAAGAUUGCUAAUUUGUCUGAUUCAUUUGUUAAAGAAUGGAAGGGAAUCUAUCACGUUGGUCAGCUUGUAAAGUUGAAGAUUAUUUAUAUUGACUAUGAAAAACAACAAUUAGAAGGCUCACUUAAAAAGAGUGUUGUAGAGGGCACAUUGACUUCUAGCACUAAAAGUAAUGACGCACAGGAGGCAUCCGAAACAAUAGAAUCAGAUAGUGAUGAAGAAAUGCCUGAAGUAGAUGAAUCAGAAGAUGAAGAAAUGAAGGAUGUUUCUGACGUUAAUGAAGAUGAAGAAGAAUCCGAUAAUGAAGAAGAAGAAUCGACACCUGCACCCGCAUUAAAUAUUGACAGCUUUGAUUGGACAGGUAUAAAUAACAGACCUGAUUCUAGCGAUGAAGAAGAGGAAUCUGGUUCUGAAGAUGAGGAUGAUACUAGCACUAAGAAAAAGAAGAACAAGAAACAAGAAGUUGAAGAUUUAACUGCCCAAUUAAAUGCAAAUGCUCCACAAACUGCUAAUGAUUAUGAACGUCUCUUAGUUGGAUCACCUAAUUCAUCUUAUCUUUGGAUUAACUACAUGGCUUAUCAACUUCAAUUAUCAGAAAUUGGUAAAGCUCGUGACAUUGGUGAACGUGCCUUAAAGACUAUUAAUUUCCGUGAAGAACAAGAAAAGAUGAACGUUUGGGUUGCGUUACUAAACUUGGAAAACAACUUUGGUACAGAAGAAACGCUUCAAGAGCUUUUCAAACGUGCUUUGGUUUAUUGCGAGCCCAUCAAGGUAUACCUUCAAUUAGUUAAGAUUUAUGAACGUAGUGAGAAAUUGGAUAAAGCUGAGGGACUUUGGCAAGAAAUGACAAAGAAGUUUGGCCAAUCUCCUGAAGUUUGGACUGGAUUUGCUCUUUAUUAUAUUCAACACGAUAAAGCUGAUGAAGCUCGUGAAUUGUUACAAAAGAGCUUAAAGGUCUUACCCAAACAUGAACAUGUUCAAACUAUUGUUAAAUUCGCACAAUUAGAAUUCAAGCAUGGUGAAGCUGAACGAGGUCGUACUAUUCUAGAAGGUGUAAUGAGCAAUUAUCCUAAACGUUUAGAUUUAUGGAAUGUAUAUCUUGACAUGGAAAUUAAGGCUGGCGAUAAAGAAUUAACUAGACGUCUAUUUGAGCGUGUUGCAUCAAUGAAGUUUUCUUCAAAAAAGAUGAAGUUUUUAUUCAAGAAAUGGCUUCAAUUUGAAAAGGUUCACGGUACAGAAGAUGAUGUUCAAAAAGUUAAAGAAAGAACACUUGCAUACGUUGAACGUUUGACAGAAUAAAAAGAGUCUACAAGACUCAGAAUCCCUCAAAGUUUAUAUUAUGACAUAUACACAUUUUCUCUUUUUUUUUUCACUUGUAAUUAGAUAAAUAAACAUUUUUU